AUGAUCGAUGGCGCUACAAGGUGGAUCCAGCCUACUAAUUUAGUUAGAUCAAACGCUGAAUCUUCCUGCAAAGCCAUGAGGAACUGGAUCCAAACAAAGGGGAAGAUGAAGGCCAUACGUUCGGACAAUGGUAAAGAGUUUCUUGGAACAUUCGUCACCGAAUGCACUAAUAGGGGUAUUAUACUAGAGACAUCUGCACCAUUCAACCCAGAAGAAAAUGGUCUCGCGGAGGCAGCCAACAAAAAGCUGCUUACUGUGGCCAGAUGUUUACUACAAGAUAGCGAGUUAGAUGCUUCGUACUGGCCCUAUGCCAUCGAAGCCGCGGCGUUUCUGUUGAAUCGAACCCCGAUGAAGGCACUUGGGGGGAAGUCGCCUUUCGAAGUUCGAUAUGACGAAAAGCCAAGACUUGGCUUCUUGCGUCCUUUCGGAUCUCCUUGUUACUACCGGGAUCACCAUCCCAAGGCGAACAAGAUGCAGUCCAAGUUUCGGGAGGGCAUUCUUCUCGGUUAUUCUGAAACAGCAGCGGCAUACAAAGUUCAAGACGUAGCAACUAAAAAGCUUUACGUUUGUAGAUCAGUCCGCUUCCCAGUAUCAGUAGCAAAAGACGCCCCUUUAGCACCUAUAACUUUCGACGAAGAGGAGGAGGAAGUAGAGCCUCAGGGGGAGUUCUCUUGUAUGGUAACUGACUCAGUGUCUUAUAAGUGGGACUUUUUGGGGACAAAGACAAUACUAGACCCGUUAAGCGUCGCUUUGUAUUGGAUUUGGGCAGUAUUAGGUGUGUCGAUCUGUCUAGUCUGGUGGAUACUGACUACGCAAGGGGAGAAAGCACAAGGUGCGAAGCGAAGUCAUGUAUACCGGACUUCCCUGGAGGGUGUAUAUAGUUACUUUGUUAAAAACAGACCUAAAAAGAUGGCACGAAAAGAGUGGAGAAAGUGGAAGAGCCUCCACCAAAAGGCGAAGAAAAAUCUACGCUCGGGAAUGGAGGUAGAUGCCUUUAACGUAGUGCACUCUCUGAACACUAACGACUUCUAUAGUUUUGCUUCUAAGUAUAUUGACCUAGAAUCUAUAUGGCGCGAUGGUUAUCUUGAUGUCGAGGAGGAGCUAGCUAAAGACCGACUCGCACAAGAAGCCUAUGCUUGUACGGUUCGGGUUCCACUCAAAGAAGGCCUAAACGGCCCUCAGGGCGAAGAGUGGCGCGAGGCGGUAAACAAAGAGUUCGGCACUUUUAAGAGACUCGGGGUGUAUGAAGAAGUCUCAACGAAGGCCUUACUACCAGGGGAGAAGCCUAUACCUCUUAUGGUAUUAUUGGAACUUAAAGACGGAGGAACUAGAAAGAAAGCGCGAGCAGUUGCAUUAGGUAACAAACAGCGCAACGCACCAGACGAAGUCUAUAGUCCCGUAGCUUCUCAAUUAACAUUCAGAAUCAUGCUACAAAAACUGCUAAGUGAGAAAAGUUUGGGCUACUCUAUCUUUGACAUAAGUACUGCUUUCUUGCAUGGGGACUUGCGCGAGAGAGUUUUCGUAAGUCCACCAAAGGAGCUCGCCAAUCCGGAGCGCCCAUUAUGGAGACUGCGGAAGUCCUUGUAUGGACUUACCGUGGCCCCCAUGAUGUGGAACGAAAAAUUGGUGAGUUGCCUCAAAGAGUUAGGCUUCGCACGCUCUACAAGCGACCCAUGCCUAUUCUCUCGCGGUUCAGUGCAGUUAUGUAUGUACGUUGAUGACGUAUUCGCCAUCGGUCCUCCUAAAGAACUUAAGGAGGCACAAGACGAAAUACUUCAGCGUUACCCUGGAAGGAUUCAAUCCCCAAAAGUCAAAAAUGGGAUUGAGUCCUUUAGUUACUUAGGAGUAGACGUAGAACUCAACAGGGGCAAGGGUUUGCUUCAUCUACGUAACACAGAAGUAAUAAAUAAGUUACUUAAAAAGUUCGGAUAUAUAGCCGAUGGCAUCCACUGUAGAACGCCUAUUAUUAACCACCUAACAAACAAGGACAGUGAGCCUUUACAAGAAAAAUUCCCCAUGAGGGAACUAGUAGGCAUAUUUCAGUACUUACAGUGCAGCUGCCGGCCUGAUCUAAGUUUCGCGGCAAAGGAAGUGGCGAGAUUUCUGGAUCAGCCAACCACACAGAUCACGAAAGACGCCGUGAUCCGAAUAGUAGCAUACUUGCGCAAUACUAAAGACCUAGGAUUAACAUAUAAAGCUACGAAAAUAGAUGACGCUAGAUCUAACUUAGAAGCGUUCGCAGACGCGGACUUUGCAGGGGAAGUCCCUUCUAGGAAGUCCACAAGUGGAAACUGCAUACUUUUCAACGGAUCACCCAUUUGGUGGAGGUGUGCAUCCCAGAGACUAGUAUCUCAAUCCACUAUGGAGGCGGAACUGAUUUCGCUCGCUACUCUAGUUAAAGACUUGAAGUAUGUGGAUUUCGUACUAUCGGACGUCUUUUCUGAAGUGGAACAUGGCCCAAGGCCUCGGUGCCAUAUUUCAUUCUCAGACAAGAUUCCGCAUCGUACACAGUGUGACAACGAGGCGGCCAUAGCUCACGCUAAGAGAGAGUUCCCAACAAAUAGAUCUAAGCAUCUUGACAUAAGACACAACUAUGUCAAGCAAUACAUUGACAGUGGCUUAGUCCAAUUGUCAUACGUGCCUACAAGUAAAAACCUAGCCGAUAUCUUUACUAAACCAUCCACACAACACAAGUUACAGAUGUUAAAUAUGAAACCAUCUGCAUGCUGAAACUACGAGUAGCACACUACUGAUUAUCUAAAGAUAAAUAAUGAGUCAAAACCGACUAGAGUGGGCCUUCUGACUAGAAGGAGCGUUAUACAAGGUUUAUUUUUUUACUUGUGACGUACUGGUGGAGCCGCCGGGUAGCUCUAUUUGGAUAAGCUUGGGACGGCCGAAGCCCAAGAAAAGAACAAAGCGCAAAAGCAAGACUUGUCGAGCAAAUUAGUACGGAACACGUUACAUAAUAAAGCGCGAAGCCUCUCCUAAAUUCAUGCACUAGCUAAGUAAGUAAAAACGAAAGACUUCCACUCAAACACGAUCAGCAGAGCGAGCAUGCCUCAUCAGAUUCGACAUACUCGAGGGGGAGUAUGUUGGCAUCUGUAUGAGCGUGUUCUGAUUCUGUUGAGAAGUGAGGGAAACGAACGAAAAGCAUGAACAAAGGAGAGCGCUUCUGUUUGAGUGUUUUCCACUCUGUUGAGGGUUGUAGAAUAAACACGAAGAACGUGGAGAGUUACACUAAGUAACAUUAGCCUAGUAACGUAGUCAAGGCACUAAUAUGAAAAACCUUUACACUCUUUCCCGACAGGAUCUAAUGUCUUUUCGCACGUUGAAACUACAUUCUGGACCUUGAAGCACGCCCCGCCUGGAAGUAACUAGUGUUCUACCUUCAUCAAGUUUGUUAUCGGU